CGCACCUCUAUACUUCACCAAUCUGAUUUUCACAUUUUUUCUAUUGCAUUACCUUAUUCCUCUAGGUGAUCACAUUUCAAUAAUCAAAUCUUACAAUGCCUUCCGCAACAGCCACGAAGCGCGUGAGGGGUGUCUCCAUCUUCAGGCCCUUUGUAUUCGGCAGCGAAGCCCAACCCUUCGACCCAGCCAAGAAACCCCCCAACGCCCCCGCCGACCAUACGCAUCAAUGGCGCGUCUACGUCAAAGGCGUCAACGACGAAGACAUCUCCUACUGGCUGAAAAAAGUCCAAUUCAAGCUCCACGAGACAUACGCCCAGAACAUCCGUACUAUCGAACAGCCCCCAUUCGAGGUAACGGAGACUGGAUGGGGUGAAUUCGAGAUCCAAAUUAAACUCUACUUCGUACCCGAAUCGAUGGAGAAGCCUCAAACUCUCUGGCAUAGUCUCAAGUUGCAUCCGUACGGGCCAGAUGCGGAAGCCAUGAAGGAGCGACGGGACCAAGUUAUCAGUCAGAAUUAUGAGGAGAUCGUAUUCAACGAACCUGUGGAGCAAUUUCAUGAUCUGCUUACUGGGGGUGCUGCGUCAGCGCAACCGCAGAAAGGAAAGGGUGGAAAGAACACUAAACAAAGCGGCCAGCGGAAUGUCAGGACGGCAGAGAUCCCUCAGAAUGACUCUCCGGGCAACCCCUAUAGUAAAGCAACCGAGAACAAGGAAUUGGAUCGCUUGGGGGAGGCUAGCAGGACGGUCGAACAGAUGAUCAAGGAGGAGAAGGAGCGACUUAUCGAGCGUGAGAAGAGGUUAGCUGAACUGCGCGAGAGUGAAGGAGUGCCCGCGAACACGAAGAAGCGUUAAACUUCGCGUCUCCUUUGAAUGUCGUGCUAAAAGACACUCACUCCCCUUCCGAGUCAUGCCGCGUCUCCGAGACACUUCGCUCGCUACGCAAUACGAUGCACAUACGUUGAAUGGAGCGCUACCUAUGCUCACCAGUCAAUAGCUUGGCGAAGACACGAUCAGACGUAACCGCCUACAGCCAGGGAACCCUGACCUCCCUAAACCCAUACUGGUGGACCAAACCGGGUUUCUUAUACCCAAACAUUCUCCUAGAAGGUUCACAUCCUUCAUUUCCUGUAUAGGAACAACCAGAAGAGCUUACACCGUUCACUGAACCUACUACAGAAAUGGCCUAGAUGACCUAAUGAAUUGAAUAUCUUAAUCUCAUCUUCAAGAA